AUGCCUCUCAACUUGCGUAUAUUUACCUUUCAAGUAAAUGAUUUUCCAGGACGUAUUCCAUUUACCUUGGGUAAUCUAAGAGAUCUACAAGUGCUGGACAUAUCGGAUAAUGAUUUGAGCAGCACACUUUCAUCCUCGAAAAGCAGCUUUCUAUCAUCAUUAGAAAAUUGCAGAUUCUUGAGUUACUUGUCAUUUGCGAGAAAUCCGUUGAUCAGUGGUUAUCUUCCGGCUUCUAUAGGAAACCAGUCGUCUUCUCUUCGACAUUUCGAUGCUUCGAGCUGCAACAUUAGUGGUAGAAUUCCAGGGGAUAUUGGGAAGUGGAAUCUUGUUGAAUAUGUGGAUUUUUCGGGAAAUCAAUUUUCAGGUACAAUCCCGGAUAGAGUUUGCGUUCGAAAAAAUAAUUUGAGAUAUCUUAGCCUUCACGAAAAUCAAUUGGAAGGGAUACUGCCGUUAUCUUUGAUUAAUUGCAGCGAACUACAAGUUCUGAAUGUUGCAAACAACAACUUAAGUGAUACCUUUCCCCAUUGGUUAGGCAUGCUUCCAAAGCUGCUAGUUCUUGUUUUGAGAUCUAAUAAAUUUCAUGGUUCCAUUCAAGACUCCUUAACCAAUUUUUCCUUCUCCAAAUUGCAAAUGGUUGAUCUCUCUCAUAAUGACUUCACCGGCUUAUUGCCAACCGAGUUCUUCCAAAAUCUCAAGUCUCUAAAAGAAGAAGCUAAUUAUGGAUAUGCUGAUUAUCAGUACUCUGUUAACUUAACAACAAAAGGUGUGGAGCGUGAGUUUAAAAUAAAAGAACUUAGGCCAAUAUUCAGUUGCAUAGAUUUAUCGGACAAUGGAUUCCAUGGAGAAAUUCCUAAGCACUUGAAUCAUUAG